AGCUGGUUCUAAGGUGAGAGGAGGAGGGGAAGAUCUGAUGGCCAAGACUUUAUCAUUAAAAAAUGAAAUGAACAUUUCACAUAGAGUAGGUGAUGGCACAACACAGGGGGGGUUACAGGGAUUUAAAAGACCAUUUAAGAGUGGUAAAAAGGAACUGGGGCCUAUUUUCUGUUACAAUACUAAUAUACUACAAAUUAAAAGAUAUGUUGAGAGAAAUAUUCAAAAUACACUUUUGUUUUUCACAGACAUCCUUCACCCUUUCAUGGGCCAGCUACCUUUUAGCGCGGCACCCACAUAUACAGCAGCAAAUCUACACCGAAGUGACCACAACUCUUGGACCGGGAGCAGUUGCCACAGCAGAUGAUGUCUCUCGCCUGCCUCUUAUCAGAGGGCUGGUCAAAGAGACACUCAGGCUUUUUCCAGUUCUCCCUGGCAACGGACGGAUUACCCAGGAUGACUUGGUGGUGGGCGGAUACUUCAUCCCCAAAGGGACUCAGCUGGCCCUUUGUCACUACUCCACGUCUUUCGAUGAAGAGAACUUCCACGAUUCUCUAAACUUCCAGCCAUCUCGCUGGAUACGGAAAGAUUCCACAGAUCGAGUAGACAACUUUGGCUCAAUUCCCUUUGGCUACGGCAUCAGGAGCUGCAUCGGCAAGAGAAUAGCUGAGUUAGAGAUGCAUCUGGCUCUCACAAGGCUCAUUCAAAAGUUCCACAUCUGCGUUUCUCCUCUCACUUCUGAAGUCAAGUCCAAAACCCAUGGCCUGCUCUGCCCUGCCGACCCCAUCAACCUGCAGUUCAUUGACAGAGAAAACUAGUCUCACACUCUACAGGGUAUACUGUACUGUGUUUGAAAUUAUACCAUUCAUUUAACUUUUAAAUCUUUCUCUCGUCACAGAUUUUAGGUACCGAGCGAAGACUGUUUUACUUACUUCAAAAUAGUGUGCCGGAGGGGAGGAAAUUAUUACAAUCUAUAUACUCACACUUCCUUUCCUGCCUAAGUUAAAUCACUAUAUCAAACACAUUAGGUACACAAAAACAGUUUUUAUAUUUUCAAAUUUAAAAAUUGUAAUCAUAGGAAUGUUUUUAUUUUUAAAUGAAAAGGAACUUUUCCUCUGAUUCAGAAUAUAUAUAAAAGUUAGUGCAAGAGGAGACCAUUUGUAAGACUGAAGUUUUAAGGAUCACUGUGGUUUGUAUAGAGGAAAAAUAAUAUUUUAAUAACUUUUUAUUUAUCUGCUCUUUUUUCUAUCUCAUCCAUUUGUUACUUUAGCCCCAAUUAUACGUUUGAAAACAAUAAAGAUCUAAAUAUGAUUAUAAA